AUGUCUCGCUAUUAUCAAUCGCGAAAUUACAAUGAAGCGCCAGCGCAGAAACAAAGCUAUGGCGGUACCAGCUACGGCAAAACUAACACCUCUCAAAAUUACGGAGCUUCGCAAAAUUACGGCCGUGGUGGACGAAAGGAAAACGAUGAAGAAAGAUUGAUGCGAAGUCUUUUCAGUACGUUCGAUAAUGAUGGAGACGGACACAUCUCUCAGCCCGAGUUCCUAAAAAUGCUUUCCUCUCUCGGGUAUACUAUUUCGUCUCAUGAGGUUACGCAAUUGGUAAAUUCGUUCGACCAGAAUGGCGACGGUGAGAUGGAUUUUACCGAAUUCAUGAACAUGGUGAAGUAUCUGAAAAGCAAAGGUUACGAAUACGGUAAAGAGGCUUUGGAGAAUAAAAUAAGAAAAGCCUUCAGGUAUGUUUGGCCCGGAAUCGUAAAGUUACGAAGUGUAUGAAAGUAAGGAAGUAUGGAUGCUUUUAAAAAUAGAGGGAAAGAUAGAAGGGCCAAAAAUCAGUAGACCCAUAUUCCGUAAUGUGGAAUGUAGAUCGCUGGGUGGUCUCGAAUUUUGAUAAGAAUUUUGAUUUUUGUCCUUUGAAGUGUGUCCUAAUUUGAAAGGGAAUUAACGGCAACCGGUUAGCAAAAACUUGACAAUCAAAUUUAAUUAACUCAAACAAGUAAUUUCUGUAACCACGUAAACUAACCAGUCUUACUAUAGUCUAUCAACAGACAUCAGUGUUGCCAACCAGCUCCCGAUUUCCAUACUGUCCUCUCGAAUCUGAACAUCUACCGAUUUUUCUGAAAGAUCUGCUUAUUAUUUUUUAAAAAGAUCAGUUUAAAAUUGUGAAAAGGUUCUCGUUAAAAAUGCAUGUACAUCUGCUUUUGCCAGCAUUAAAGCACUGCAAAGGAAGAAAAUAUAGGUGAAGGUGAAAUUGUAUUGUAUUGUAUUGUAUUGUAUUGUAUUGUAUUGUAUUGUAUUGUAUUGUAUUGUAUUGUAUUGUAUUGUAAUUGUUUAGGUUUUCUCCUGUAAUAAAGGUUUUGUCUUACUGCGCGUGGUCUCCUAGAGAGAACUGCAUGCUAUGUUCUCAGACAAAGCCAGUUUAGUUUAGGUUUCCUUCUGUAUAGUUCCACUGGAUCAAUAAGAGAUGUCUCUUACUGAUCAUCUAAGGAGAACUGGGUUUAGAACUGAUGAGAAAUAUGUCGGUUCUCAGACAAAGCCCAUUUAGUUUAGGUUUCCCCCUGUAGUUCCUCUGGAUCAAUAAGAGAUGUCACUUACUGGAUUUCUAGGAAGAACAGUUUGAAUCUGAUAGAGCUACUCUAGUUAGCUGACUAGGUCUUUUUCUUUUUCUAGUGUCCUGGAUGCAAAUCAAGAUGGUUAUCUAAGCCGUGCUGAACUACGUUAUGUUCUAUGUAACACUGGCAACAGACUGAGUCCUGCAGAGUUUGAAGAUUUCCUCAAGACAUUUGACCUGGACAAUGAUGGACACGUCAGCUGUGAAGAAUAUAUCAAGAUCGCGUGUUCCUCUCUCAUUGAUUAUAUGGAUGAAAUUGUCCGUAUGAAAGCACGAUAG